GCAACGGUUAAUUAGAAAGGAUAUGCGCAAACCAGCCCCACCCCCUUUCAUUCUGCGCACAAAAUGGCCCAAUGGAGACGGUGGUAGAGAGGGAGAGAGUUGGAGGGGGAGAGAGCACUGAAGCCGCAUUGCGGAAUGCUCUGGCGGCUCUGGAAGAGAGCAAGAGAGAGGCUGCCUGCGUCGCCCAGGAACAGGCGGUCACACUACGGCAGUACUGGCAGGCCGAAGUCGAGAGCUACAAGGAGCAGUCGCAGCAGCAUGCGAUCACCAUAGUAGCAAUGGAGGAGAGGUUGCUGGGCGUGCUCGAGCAGCAGCAGCAACUGCAGAGCGAGAACGAGUCGCUGAAGCAGCAACUCUAUGCCACAGUCUCUAGACAAACAGAUUCAGGGAGUGCAGAAGAUGAAGCGAAAUCAAAAGUUGAAGAACUUGAACAACUGGCAAGAGUUCUAAGGAAUCAGUUAGUCCUGAGCUCUAGAGAGAAAGAGGAGCAUCAGCAGACGAUCCAUCAGCUCAGGAAAGAUAUUGAGAAUCGAAAACAUGCUGAAGAUAACCUGAGAGCUCAGCAUUCACAUGAACAGGAGGACAUGAGGCAAACCCUGUCAUCACAGGAGAAUAAGGUGGAGAGCCAGAGACAAGAGGUUUGUAAACUGCGGGAGGAACUUGAGGAAAGACAGACUGAGCUGGCCACUAUGAUGGAAGAGAAGAGAAAGAGGGAACAAGAACUGACUGAGUCUUGCCAGAGACAGCUGCAAACUCAGUUAAGAGAGACCAAAGAGAAGUGGGAUCAGUUGAUAGCAGUGGGAGAGAGGUGUCUGGGUGAGCACCAUUCCCAGGUCCUCGUCAGACAGAAGGACACCAUAGCUCACAUCAGAGAGAGGCUCCAGGAGAGAGACAAUGGCAGCAAACACUCGGAUGGUCACGAAGCAACACUGGCGGAGCUGGAGAGAGUGAGGGAGGAGCUGGUGGAGGAACGGGCUCUGAGGCACCUGGAGGCCAGCCGGGGAGCCGGGGGAGACUCCGAUUCCGAUUCCACACUGGAAUCAGACCCUGUCCUCGAUGCCCUGCAACACAGCGAACACUCAUAUUUCUAUCUGGUGGAAAGUGUGUGUGAAGGAGGUUGGUUAGUGAAAGGGGGUCGCCCGGAAGAGAAAAGGAUGCCAUUAACUCCAAACCCAGCUGGCAGACUGUCAUUGACAGAGGAAAGAAAGAAGUUUGCCCAGAAAGUUGCUAAAAGAAUCCAAGUGGCUGUCAAAGAAGACAUGGAGAAUCAGCAGAAAAAAGAAAGGUCAGCUACAUACAUACUACACAACACAUGUAAAAUUACUCUUCCAUUGCAACACACAGUGACAGUGACAGAUCCUCAGAGCCUGAUCUGGGGGAGACAGUGUCGAGACUGAGAGGCCAGCUGGAGACUGCAGCAGAGGAGCUGGACCAGCAGAGACGGGUCAACUUAGCUCUAGUUCGCAGACAGGAGUUCCGUGAGCAGCAAAUGAGGAAGACCAUCCAAUUCCGCAAGAGCCAGAGACAACCGGUAGACCGUGGCACCCAACACACCACGUAGAUCAACACUAACACACACACAUUCACUAUCAUGCUCCUAGCAAUCCGAAAUUCAAUAGAAAAAGUCCAUAAAAAUGUAUUUUUACAAACGGGCACUUCAGAACAGAAAAUGACGUAAUCAUAAUCUCAGACAUACAUAAAUGCAACAACCACUAAAAAAUCAAAAUGUGAAC